AUGAGCAGCGAUGAAGAUUAUAUAUCAGAAGGGGAAGAACUUAGCGACAGUGACGAACAUAUUCCUGUAAAGAGGCGCAAGACAGCAAAAGAAUACUACGAAUUUUCUACAAAUACCAAAGAGAAAUUCGGCAUUUGUAAAUUAUGCAAAUCCAGAGAAAAGAAAAUCAAAAUGACUGGAGGAAAUACAACAGGCCUGAAUCGACAUUUAAAAAAUGUACAUCCAACAAUAUACGAAGAAAUAUUUCGUACACCAGUUUCGAGCUACAGGGUUACGGAUCUUUUCCAAAAGAUAUCAUCUUCAAAAUUUGAUUCCAACAUUUCCACUGACGGAAAUCUCACUCAACAACAAUUCAACGUGAUGACGGUGAAAUGGAUGGCAAAAAAAUACUUACCUUUCUCAUUCUUCGACGAUAAUUUUACUACGGAUUAUUUCAAGUUGAUUACUCCAAACUUAAAAGUCCCAAAUCGGAACACACUGAAGAAACUAGCCGAACAACUUUUUGAACGAAUGCAGAACAAAAUUAAAGAUGUUUUAGCAGAUAAUACCUCUGCUAUUUCGUUUACCAUUGAUAGAUGGACAGCAAUUAACGGAAAGUCAUACUACGGCAUUACAGGGCAUUUUAUUACUGAUGAUUUUAAAUAUCAUUCCAUUGUUUUGGAUUUUGUUGCUUCAAACGGUAAGCAUUCUGGUGUGGAAAUUGCCAAAAUGUUUUUUACUUCCCUGAAGGGGUAUGGUAUUCUGCAUAAAGUGCAGGGUAUUACAGUUGACAAUUGCGCAGCAAACUCAACUUUUAUCCAAGAAUUUACCAAUUUAAUGGCCAACGAUGGAUUUCAAUUUGAUUCACAAAAUCAACACUUUAGAUGUGUCGCGCACGUUUUAAACCUGGCAGUCCAAAGUGCGAUAAGCCUCUUCAAGGUAUACAAAGAAGAUAGAGAACUUGAAGACGACGAUGACAGUGAUAAUUCCAAUGAUGAGAUUGAGGAAUGCGACCAACUUUCGCCAUUUUUCAAGCUUCGAAUGAUUUUUAAAAAAUUAAAACGAUCCGAACAGCUACAAAUUGAAUUCAGAAAUUUUUGUAAUCUUUUUUCUGAGAAAUGUUUCACCGAUUGUCGAUGUAUGUACGAGAUGGAAUUCGACGUACAACAUGCUCAAAACUGGUUUGGUCAAUGGCAGUUAAUAGAAAAUGAGUGGGAAGUUAUGCAAAAAUUUGCAUCUUUCUUGAAGAAUUUUGCUGUAAUAUCAACGUUGAUAGGAGGAGAUAAAUAUGUCACACUGCCCAUGGUGGUCUUGACGUACAACAUGGUUUUCGAUAAAAUAGAAGCAACUGCCAAGCAGUUGGAGCAACAAGAUACCCAGAAUGUAUUGGAAGAUUCACUGAUGGACGCAUAUCAAGCAGCAUAUGACAAAAUGGUGUGCUACUAUGCCAAAACAAAUUGGAUAUGUUGCGUAGUAUUAAUAUUGGACCCAAGGCACAAAGUCGAAACUUUUAAUCUAACCAAAUGGGGCAAAGAAAUCAUCGAUACUUUAGAAAGGUUCAAAAACAUUUUCAAGGAAAAAUAUUAUGUCGCACCACUGCAAGAUGUCCAACCAGUACUAUCGAGCGAUGACGAAGAUAUAGACAUAAAAAGAUGCCUCCACUACUUUAGUACAAGUGCAAAAUUGGAGACUCACAUCGAGGAUUGUGGAAAACUGAAUGAUUGCGCAAUCAGAUUACCGAGCGAGGACGAUAAAUGGCUGAGCUUCCGCAACCCCCCACGUGGGGCACGGCCUUGA